AUGCUGUCUCUCGCAGCUCGUCGAGCAAGCAGCUCUCACUUUCCCUUACGACGCUGGGCGGGUCAAACGAUAUCUACCAGUCAUGUCGUAAAAAAUGAGACCGCCGCGACUUCAACCAACCUGGGGCCUGUUGCUGCACCCAAGAAGCCAAUUGGCGGGUUCCGAGGCGGUAUCAUAGGCUUCCUUUUCGGAUUCUCUCUCGCGGCAUCCCUUGCCGCUUAUAAUCUGCUGGAUGAGUAUCGACAGGCUUCCGCUGCUUUGCAGGCAAGUGUUGCCGAGCUACAGCUCAGCACUGAGAAGGUGUCAGCCCACGUAAGAAGGAUUGAGGCGGUCGAGAAAGAUCUGAAAGCUCUGUCCCAAACAUCAGCGAGCAAAGAGGAGGUUUCUAAGCUGCGGACGGAGAUGAAGAAGAUAUACGAUGGUCUCCAUGUUGAAUUCCUUGACUUGCGGUCGCAUGUGUGGGGCAUACAGCAAGAUGUGCAUGCACUAUCGAAGAAAGAAUCUACCUCCGUUCGCAUCUGAUAGAGCGUGUAUCAUUAGUGCUUCGCCUUGCGCUGGAAACUCUAGAGGUGUGGGCUCUUCCACUUGCAUGCGAUAACUGGGUCGGCUGCGACUGGCGCAAGUUUGUCAUCCGCCGGAAUGCUGCACUCUGUCUGGAGGUACCUCCAACGAGCACAGUGCUUACUCGUCUGCCCUACCCAUUUUCUACGUAGGUCAGAUGUUUACAAUAGACAGUGAUGAUUGAAGCAGCGAGAUAGCAACAAUCGCCGAGGUUCCCGCCG